AAGAACAGAAUGAGGAAAUGAAAGUUUACCAUAUAAAUCUGUUAAUGAUUAAUAAUAAUAAAUAAACCUUUGUGAACAACUUGAUUACUUCCUUGUUCUGCCUUCAUAUUCUGUAACAUCGUGCCGUUCAUGUAUCAUGAAAUCAUAAAAGGAAAAGUCAAAGAGGGAAAGACCACAUUUUGAAAUGGAAAUGGCUCUGAUGUACUUCAUCAUUCUCGUGAUCUUAUCAGGUUUGACUGAAGGAUCUGGUGUGUUGCCUGAUGGUCCUCUGAAUGCAGCUGUAGGAGAGACGGUGAUGUUCACUACAACACUGACUCCAACAGAGAAACCGUUUACAUCUGUGAACUGGAAUGUUAAUUUCUCUACGCCUAUAAUAUUCGUAACUAACUCAGAAAACACUAUUGGACCUGAGUAUGAAGGCAGGAUCACUUUCUUCCCAUCUACUGCGUCUUUGGAGCUCAGGAGUCUCACUCUGAAUGACACUGGAGAAUACUUUGUUAACAUUGUACAAGAUGGAACAUUCCUGAAUGGCCGUACUACUCUGGUGAUAUACGAGAAAGUCUCCAAUGUGUUGGUAACUUCCAGCAGCACAGACUUGGUUGAGUUCAGUGGUUCUGUCUCUCUGUCCUGCUCUGCCUCUGGAUCCUCUCUCUCUUUCCUCUGGUUGAACGGCAGCUCUGAGGUUACAACAAGUGACAGAGUUCAGCUCACUGAUGGAGGCUCCAGUCUGACUAUAAUCACUGUGACCCGCUCUGACCAGGGACCAUUCAGGUGUAGUGUGUCCAAUCCUGUCAGUAUUGGUACCAGUGAUCCAGUAAACCUCUCCAUCAGCUAUGGUCCAGAAAAUAUAAAUUUGAUAUUAUCUCCACCACAAGGAUACUUUGCUGUAGGGUCAGACAUCAGCCUCACCUGCUCAGUUGGAUCCAGACUUCCUGCCCAGUUUAAGUGGUUUCUGAAUGGAGAUCAGCUGCCUGAUACUGGAUCAGAGCUCAGACUGAUGAAUGUUCAGAUGAGUCAGAGUGGAAACUACAGCUGUCAGGCCUUUAACAGCAAAACUCUGAGAUCUCAAACAUCUCAGCCUUCAGCCAUCACUGUGCUGGAGAAAAUAUCAGGUUCUUCUGUCAAACCAUCAACAAACCUGCCAGUUGAGGGAACCUCUGUCAACUUAACCUGUGAGGCUUCUGGCUCAGUCUUUACAAGAAACUGGAUGAAGGAUGGCUCCUACCUGACUCCGACUGACAACAUGAUCCUUUCUGACAAUAACAGAGUGUUGACCUUUAACACUGUGAAUAGGAAAGACAAUGGAGAAUAUUUUUGCCAGAUCAGCAACCCCAUCAGCAGUGAUGAAGCUAAAUACAUCAUGAUUGCUAACUAUGGACCAGAAAAUGUUCAAAUCAAAGGUCCAAAUAAGAUAAAUAUCAAAGGCACCUUAAAACUGACCUGCUCUGCUGAGUCCACACCGUCUGCCAGAUUCACCUGGUUCUUUAAUGGUACAGAGAUACUCACCAACUCAGCUGAGUACAUUAAAGAAGAAGUUGAAUUAUCUGACAGUGGCAACUACAUCUGUCAGGCAUGGAAUAAUAUAACAGAGAGAACAUCAUCAUCAGCGGUGCAUGGACUGACUGUAACAGAUUUCACAAAAGUCAUCUGAAAAAAAAUACAGAUGUCCUGCAGACGACACAUUUAUGAAGUCUUCACCUGCUGCAGGAGGAGGACAGUUAUCAUUUUUGUUGGUUUGAUAUUGUAUAAUUUCUGAUAAGAUUUAAGAAAAUGUUUUGUCUUAUAAAUUAUUUGUUUGCACAAAUAAAAAUGACUAUUUUCUCUGUCA